GCACUUGAUUGCGCUGCAAGAUCAAUACAAAGUGUUUCCUCAAUAGCGUCGGUCACAGUCGAAGCACAUCCUAGACGAUACUUGCUGCAUUCAGUGCACAUAAUACUAGUUUGGCCUGUGCAAAUGCGUCACACAUGAUCCUCGGAGUCUACUAGCUGUACGUUGCACUGCAUUACGCCAGCCACAGCGCGUGCACACGUCGGGGGUGAUGGCUGCCGCAACCGUGUUGCUCGUCGCGCUCGUCGCGCCCGGCAGCGCCAUGGCGCCCGCCGCGACCGCGACCCUGCGCGAACCAGGCUCGCUCGCCGACCGCGGCAUCGCCGCGACGCGGUGGGCGGCGCACGCCAAAGCAGCGCAAACGACGCUCGCGCCGCUCCGGCGACUGCUCAACGAAAUAGGGGAGACGCCGUCCCUGCGCGCGGGUCGUACGGGAAGCGGCGCGCGGCGCGUUUACCUCGCCGGAAAACACCACCGCCCCACCUUCCUCGGCGUCCAGGACGCUGCCAUCGGCGCCUCCACGGAGGUGCCCAACCGCUGGUGGUACGCCGCGGACGCGCGGACGCUCGCGCUCUUCCGGCCUCUCGCCGGGUUAGUGCGGGGGCCGUUGGACGCGCUGCCGCCCCGCGGCGCCCGGUGCGGCAGCGCGUCCAGCGGUCCGCCGACGCUCACGUCCGCCUGCUUCAUCGUGGUCGCGUCGGCCGUCGCCCCCGCGGCGUCGCUGUGGCACUUGGACUGGGGCGCCUGCGCGCGACGCGGCGCGGCGUUCACGGCCCUCACGCCGCUAUCCGGACCGCAGAUGACCAGUGAGAGGUGCGCGGCGCACGGGCUCGAGUACGAGCCGUGGGACGCCGCGCCCGGCGACCUCGCGCGAGUGUAUGACUACGCGAGGGGGGACGCCGUCGUCUUCGACGGCCGGCUGCCGCACCGCACCGCGCCUUUCACCGCGAAGGCGCUCGCGCAAGUCUCCGGCGGCCGGCGUCUGAUCGUGAGCUUGUCUUUUGCGGCGCGCGGUGGCGGCGCCACCGAGCGCGCCGCGCAGAUUCGCGUGCUCGAGGGCCAGACCGGGGGGUAUUACGAGCUCGACGGCGCCUGA